AUAAUAAGAAAAGCACAUUCGUCGCUUCCUACUAAAACCCGAACACCACCGCAUCUUGUCUAGUUUUGGUCGUAAACUGUAACUUGUUUGGUAGCAAAUAAGACAUCAUGGAUUCCUCUCAUAUCGGAGAAACUUUAGCUUUGCGAACUGUGAAGGUUACUGACUUUCCCGAAGGACUGAGCAAGAAUGAUCUCUGGAUUCACUUCCAAAAGCGAAGGAAUGGUGGCGGUGAUGUUGAAGAUGUGAUUCUAGAGCAAGAUGGUAGCGUGGCUCUGGUAAUUUUUGAGAAUGAGGAAGUUGCUUCGUCUGUCUUGUCUACACCACAAGUGUCGAAGGGAGCCACAUUCAAUGUAGAGAAAUACCAACUAACCAGCUAUGAACCAGAGGUUUUCAGUUCAGUGAGUGCAGUGAUAAAUCAAGAUGUGUUUCAGCAGUACGUUGACAGAAUGAUGGGGUUUCUCAACAAACUCAAGGCGGACACCAACAUCACAUGGGAGAAAUGCAGUAAAGGCUACUUGUUAACCGGCUCAUUCAACCAGAUUAGUGUCUGUCAUCAGAUGCUAGAGGAGAUUUCUGAAAAACCAAUACAUGAGAAUGGUGGAGUGACAAGUUUGUACAUCAAAGGAGAGACUGCUGGUCACCAGCAGACUUGCAUUGCUGGCUCAUCACAAGAAGGAAUUCCUGCUUUGAAUGGGACUGCAGGCUCAAAUGCCGUCUCAAAGAGUCUUUCAGCUUUACAUCAAGUUGAUGCAGCUGACUUGAACAUGUCAGUACCACCCAAAACAGGUACCACUGACAAAAAGUUGCAAGAAUCACAGAGGAAGGAUGCCACUGAUAGAAAUGUGCCGGAGCCGCAAGGAAAUGAUACCGCUGAAACAGUUGUGCAGGCUCCACAAAAAAAGGAUGCAGAUGAUAGAAAUGUGCCGGUGCCACAAGGAAAGGAUACCGCUGAAACAGUUGUGCAGGCUCCACAAAAAAAGGAUGCAGAUGAUAGAAAUGUGCCGGUGCACCAAGGAAAUGAUACCGCUGAAACAGUUGUGCAGGCUCCACAAAAAAAGGAUGCAGAUGAUAGAAAUGUGCCGGUGCACCAAGGAAAUGAUACCGCUGAAACAGUUGUGCAGGCUCCACAAAAAAAGGAUGCAGAUGAUAGAAAUGUGCCGGUGCACCAAGGAAAUGAUACCGCUGAAACAGUUGUGCAGGCUCCACAAAAAAAGGAUGCAGAUGAUAGAAAUGUGCCGGUGCCACAAGGAAAGGAUACCGCUGAAACAGUUGUGCAGGCUCCACAAAAAAAGGAUGCAGAUGAUAGAAAUGUGCCGGUGCCACAAGGAAAGGAUACCGCUGAAACAGUUGUGCAGGCUCCACAAAAAAAGGAUGCAGAUGAUAGAAAUGUGCCGGUGCCACAAGGAAAGGAUACUGCUGAAACAGUUGUGCAGGCUCCACAAAAAAAGGAUGCAGAUGAUAGAAAUGUGCCGGUGCCACAAGGAAAGGAUACCGCUGAAACAGUUGUGCAGGCUCCACAAAAAAAGGAUGCCGUUGAUAGAAAUGUGCCGGUGCUACAAGGAAAGGAUACCGCUGAAACAGUUGUGCAGGCUCCACAAAAAAAGGAUGCCGCUGAUAGAAAUGUGCCGGUGCUACAAGGAAAGGAUACCGCUGAAACAGUUGUGCAGGCUCCACAAAAAAAGGAUGCCGCUGAUAGAAAUGUGCCGGUGCUACAAGGAAAUAAUACCGCUGAAACAGUUGUGCAGGCUCCACAAAAAAAGGAUGCAGAUGAUAGAAAUGUGCCGGUGCCACAAGGAAAGGAUACCGCUGAAACAGUUGUGCAGGCUCCACAAAAAAAGGAUGCAGAUGAUAGAAAUGUGCCGGUGCCACAAGGAAAGGAUACCGCUGAAACAGUUGUGCAGGCUCCACAAAAAAAGGAUGCCGCUGAUAGAAAUGUGCCGGUGCUACAAGGAAAGGAUACCGCUGAAACAGUUGUGCAGGCUCCACAAAAAAAGGAUGCCGCUGAUAGAAAUGUGCCGGUGCCACAAGGAAAUGAUACCGCUGAGAAAGUUGUGCAGGCGCCAAAGCAGAAGUAUACUGCUGAAACAAAUACGCAGGAACCACAACUAAAUGAUUUCGUUGGUGCAAAAUUAGGUGCAUCACAACAAAAAGAAACUGCUAAAAAUAGCUCGUUGGUUCUUGCCCAGGACAACACUGCUGAUGGAUUCCCAGCACUGCAAAAUAACACCACGAUCAAUUCCACUAGGGGUGUGAAAAAAUCUUCUGAAAAUGUGGGACAAAGGCAAGGCGAUAAAAAUCAAGAGGCAGGCACAAAAAUAGCUGCAAAAAGACAUCCACUUUCUACAAACGCGAAAGCACAACGAGUGACGCGCUUAGCUGGUGAAAUUGCUGCCUCUAACUACUCAGGAAAUGGAAAAGCUGUUGAAAAACCACGUGAAGAAAGCAUCCCACAGCAGACCACAAGUAAAAGAGACGAGAGUAAAACACCAUCCCAACACAGAAAGCAGCAGGAGAAGAAGGAACAGAUUAAAGAAAUGGUGGCUGAGACAAAGUGCAAACCAAGACAGCUAGAGAUCACAUCUGUUCAGACCUGGAAAGCUUUUCAGGCAGCUUAUAAGAAAGAACUCGUGACGGUUGAGAGACUCUCAAGUGUUAAGGUCAGCAUACGUGAUGAUAAAGUGCUGUUGGAUGCAAUAGCAGGCUGUGACCCUGACAUGUUGGAUAAAGCUUUUUCAGAGAUUACGGAGCUGUACCGAGCGAAGCUGCCGGAUUUUCUGACGGUGCGAUUUUCCGCAAAAAGCGACAUUGAGAGUAACAGCCUUCGCAAUAUUUUGAUGAAAAAGCGCCGAGAUUUCCACGUCGCCCUCGAGAUAUCAAAAGACCGAAAAACGUGGGAGCUGAUUGGCGAGAAGGAAACGGUCCAAAAGAUGUUAACAGAAGUGGAAAGCAAAGUUAAAAUAAGGUAUGCAUCUGAAAAGAACGAGGAUGAAAAUCAUGAAGACAAAGGUGUAGUCGCGGCGGUCACAGACAGCGGUGAAGGAAAUGUGAGAGGUGGCAAGAAUGGGAAAGGCAGAGCAGGAGAAGGACUAACCAAUGAUGAUGAUAGUAUACCUCCACAAGUUCUCAAGCAAGUGCUAGGCCCCGUCACGGUGACCGUUUACCAGGGUGACAUUACCAAUGAGCGAGCAGAUGCGGUAGUGAAUGCGGCCAACUGCGACCUCAUCCACGGAGGGGGUGUGGCGGGGGCCAUACUCGCCAAGGGGGGCUGGUCCAUACAAGAAGAGUGCUACCAGAUCGUUGGGCGUUUCGGCCGUCUUGAAGUUGGCGAUGCUGUGCAAACAAACGCUGGAAAGCUUCUUUGUAAAGCUGUGAUUCAUGCCGUGGGUCCCACAUGGGGGGGCGCGACGCCAGAACAAGUAAAAAACCAGCUUUUCCGCGCAUGCCUAGAGAGCCUGUACACCGCUGACAACAUCAACUUAUGCUCUAUCGCUUUCCCUGCCAUCAGCUCAGGAAUCUACGGAGUUCCCAAGGAGAUUUGCGCACAGGUGAUGUUAGAUGCUGUGGAGCAUUAUGCAGAGAAAAGGAAUGAAUCUGGGAUGCCCGGGGUCUCAGACAUCCGCCUUGUCAAUAUUGAUGAACCAACUGUCAGGGCAUUCAUGGCGGAGUUUAGGAGAAGGUAUGGGGAAGGGACUGGUGAAAAGUCAGGGAGUCCGGUACCCACUUCGUUGCCGAGUGGUGGAAAGUCCGGUAGCCCAGUAACCGGUUCUUUGCCAAGUGGUGGAAAGUCCGGGAGUACGGUACCCACUUCGUUGCCGAGUGGUGAAAAGUCCGGUAGCCCAGUACCCAGUUCCGUGUCAAAUGGUGGAAAUUCCGGUAGCCCGGUACCCGGUUCUGUGCCGAGUGGUGGAAAGUCCGGGCGCCCGGUAUCCGGUUCCUCGCCGAAUGAAAGAAGUUUGUCCAAGAAAGAUAAAGGACCGUCAUCUUCCGACAAGAAAACAGAGAAAAAGAAUAGUGAUGAGAUGGUUACGGGGAUCGGUUAUUCUGAAACUAGCCGCAUAAAGAAGAUAAUAUCUUCGUGGAAUAAACCAGAUUCGAAUGGUCAAGAUAAAGGCAAAGCUAUUGAUCAAAAUAAGUUUACAGCCAGCAAAUCAGACAUAAAACAUCCACCUGUCAAUCAAAGGCCGGAAACGGGCUACGGGCGAUGGAGAGGUCAAAAAAGGGAAUGGAAUGAGACAGCUAGGAGACCUGGUCAGGGACAACAAGCUAAACCAGCCGCUGAAUCAAAUGCGCAAACUGACCGCAACGCCCGCCCUCCGACAAAGCCAACCGCUGACUUAAGCCAACGCACGCAAUCAACCCAAGCUGCCGAUACAAGAUCUCGGGCGCAAGCAAAGCCUGCCACUGGGCCUAGCCCCACUGCAGAUAAGAAAGUCGCUGACCCCCCUUCCCGGUUGCUCGGCGGCGCCCGACCGAAAGAGUUCCGCGGGCAUCGAAAGGAUGAGGGUCUCCUCAGUAUUCCCUCCAAAAGCAGUGAUGAUCUGGAAGGCAAGUGUCCGAUCUGCUAUAAACGUCUUCGCCAGCCAGAGACGCUGCCCUGUCAGCACAAAUUCUGCGCGAGUUGUCUGACGCAAGCAACGAAACAAUUCCCUCAUUGUCCCGUAUGUAGAGCUCCACAGGAAACCCAACAAGUCAUCGUACAGGGAAACCAACCAGAUGGGUCAAUGUUGCACCGCACACAGCCGCAUAUUCUUCCUGGCUACGAGACGGCUGGCUCAAUUGUCAUACAAUACGCGUUUCCGUCCGGAAUCCAGUACCCCCACCAUCCCAAUCCUGGACAACCAUACGACGGAACUGUCCGGAAAGCCUACCUACCGGACACCCCUGAGGGGCGUGAGGUGCUCAGGUUACUAAGGAAAGCCUUUGACGCGAGACUUGUGUUUAAAGUUGGCCGAUCGUUGUCUUCCGGUUUGGAUAACCAGAUUGUGUGGAAUGUCCUCCACAAGACUAGCGUGCAUGGAGGACCAGAGAAUUAUGGCUAUCCAGAUCCAUUUUAUCUCAGCGACGUGAAGGAAGAGCUAGCUGAUUUAGGAAUUAAAUAGGACAAAGGAUCAACAACCUCCUCUUCAUUUUGGGUAAAUCGGAGAUAUUUUGUUUUCGAACUUCGAAAGCCCUGUGGGGCUAAAUGAUUGAGGAGCACUGGAACCUUGGGUCCAGUAAGGGCCUUCGCGCGUUCGGAAACAAGACAUGUUAGCAGGCCAGGUGGUACUUUACGCAAUUUAGAACACAUUAAUGACAAUGACCCAAUCGGGUGUUGCUGUAUUUCUUAACAAACGUAGAACGUGAUAGCAGCACCCUAAAAAAGUUGAGUAAACGAGCUUAGUUAAUGGCGUUCUUUUCGGAUUUUAUGGUUGAUGGUGUGACGUCAUCCGGAGCAUUCUGCCUCAUGGCCAACCACAGGGUCGCCGAAUAGAACAGCAGAAUUUAUGCUGAGGGAACACUUCUCUAAGAAAGUAGCUCUUUUUUUUGAAACUCAGUGAAUGCGAGGAAACACAACUAUAAUUCUGACACAUGGUAAUUUAUUGGGGUUGAGAAUUGUUUCUAUUAAAUAUCAAUUAUUCAAUAUAA